UUGUUUUAAUGUCACCGAAGCUGAGUUCUGACUAUAGGAGCGACUUGAAUCUCUGAUAUUAGAUUUAAACCGAGUGAAGGACAGGUAUAUAUAAACAGAACCACUUAAGUCUCGCUCAUCUCGCAAACAUGAAAUUGAUCUUAACCGUUUUAGCCCUUGCGGCUGUUGCUUAUACAUUCGAAGAUGCUAUUCCCGAUACAUCCGUGGAUUGGUCGCAAGUUAAACACUUAAAUCCCAGAAUUCCAGUUCCAUUUGGAUUGGAUAAACUGCUCUUUAAAGAAAGAAUCGUUGGAGGGUGGGAAAGUGAGCGAAAUGCUUUACCUUACAUGGCCGCUAUUAUUGUAACUAAAGGUACUGGAAAUUAUCUUUGCGGUGGAAGUUUGAUUUCCCCAGUUGAUGUCUUAACUUCUGCACAAUGUUUAAUUGGUGCGAGUCAAGCUCAAGUUAUCUUGGGUGCUCACCGUUUGGAUGUCAUUGAAGCCACCCAACAAAGAUUCUACAGCAGCCAAUUUGAAAUUCAUCACGGUUAUGAUCCAAAUCUUUUCAUUAAUGAUAUCGCAGCAAUUAAACUUCAAGCCGCCGUUCAACUUAAUGAUUUUGUUAGCAUUGUUGCUGUACCAAGAUUCGAAGAUGCCGUUCACAAUUUCUCUGGCGAACUCGCCGUAGUCAGUGGAUGGGGAUUAACUUCCGACGCUGAAGUAACUCCAAGCGAAGUCUUAAAGAAAGUUUUCGCCCAAGUCAUCAACAACUUUGUUUGCAAUAUCAGUUUAUUAGGAAUUAUUCAAGCUACCCACAUCUGUACUAGCGGAGAAGGAAAUAUUGGAGCUUGCGCAGGAGAUGCUGGCGCUCCGUUAGUUUUUGAACACAUGCAAAUCGGUGUGGUUUCUUUCUCAGUUGAUUUAGGAUGCGAAGCUCAAUGGCCUACCGUUUACACUCGUCUUACAUUUUACUUAGAUUGGUUAGAAACUCAUACAGAAGCAUACAUUGAUUAA